AUGCAUAUGGACCGCUGUAUAUGCACAGUCAUUUUUAUAUUUCUGUCGACAGUAAAAAUCGGAACAUUCUACUUCGUCUUUUACUUGGCAUUGGCGAUUCUGGUGGCGGUGUGCAUGUGGACGUUCCUUCAGCUGAUGGACGCGCGGCAGCCGCGCUGGCAGCUGGAGAGUAGCAUCAUCGGCACGAACCCCGGCCUCGGAUUCCGGCCCACACCGCCCGCAGUGGAGAGCUCCGUCAUCUGGUACAAGGGCAAUGACCCUGGUACGCAGCAGUUCUGGGUCCAGGAGCUGUCUGAGUUUUUAGCAGUAUACAAGCACGAGGGCAAGAAAGCUGGUGCCGGCCAGAACAUCCACAACUGCGACUUCAAGCUGCCCCCACCUUCCGGCAAAGUGUGCAACGUGGAUAUCAGCGCCUGGGGACCCUGCGUGGAGGAGAACCAUUUCGCCUACCACAAGUCAACACCAUGCGUGUUUCUGAAGCUCAACAAGAUUUACGGUUGGCGACCAGAGUUCUACAACAGCUCUAGCAACCUGCCGCAGGACAUGCCGCACGAUCUGAAGGAGCACAUUAAUAAUAUGACUGCUUAUGAUAAGAAUUAUCUGAACAUGGUAUGGGUGUCAUGUCACGGUGAGAAUCCGGCUGAUCGAGAGAAUGUAGGUCCCAUUCAGUACCUGCCGUACCGAGGGUUUCCAGGGUACUACUUCCCCUACACCAACCAGGAGGGGUACCUCAGUCCUUUGGUCGCUGUCCACUUCCAAAGGCCUAAAACUGGCGUGCUAAUCAACAUCGAGUGUCGUGCGUGGGCGCACAACAUGAAGUACGAUCGCCACGAGGGCAUGGGCAUGGUGCACAUCGAAAUUAUGGUCGAGUAGAUCAGUAUCAUCCCAGCUGAUCAUAGUGAAGGUGUGGCCAUUUCAUAGAUCGAAAAGUUUAUCAAAUAAAUCGUUAGUUAAUUCAUUGAGGCACGUGUGUAAAUGAAACGAAUUAACAAGGACAGAGUUCCAAGUCUACUAAUUUACUCUGGUCAUUGUAACUCCAUUGAACUCCACUGAGAUUUAAUUGCAAUUGUGAUAAUAUAUCGCACUGCUAUUGCAAUAGUGUCGUAACUCAAAAGCUGAACGCAAAAAUUGAUUCUCUACAAGUGAAUAAAAGUGUCGUUACAAUAUUGUAAGAAACAAUUAAAAUAGAUCUACUUAACUCAAAAUGAGAACAAAAUUUUUGUGAGCUAAUUCUCCUUACUCAAGAAUAUAAAGUAAUUGUUUCAAUUGACGGGACGAACAAGUCGUGGGCCUGGUGGUAGGAGACACGCCUGUCUAUAACAGUCGCAGUGUCACUCAGAGCUUUAAAUCGGAAAGAUCUUAGGGGCACUGCCACUGUGCCCGUCACCCUGAGACAUAAUUAACAAGUCUCAUGUGCCUGUAAUUUUACCCUUCAAAAUCGUAACGCAGUAAUGCUUAAAUUUCCACUUGAUAACAGAAGUAGAUAAAGUGGCAGUACGUUCCUGGACGAAUUCUUUCACAAGAAGCUCUACUGCUACUAGUAAUUUUGACAUAUAUAAGUUAAUUGCUUUUCAACAUUCUAGCGAACUCUCCUACAUUGAAAUGUGUAUCGUGUACUGUACUAUCGGGGACGUAUUAAUAAAUAGCUCCAAGUCCGUUGUUAAGUGUACAUCACAAGCAUCCCAUUUGUAAUGGACUAUCAUCAUUGACUCUGAAUGGUAAUAUGUCAAAUGACCGAGAGCCAUUUUCAGAUUAGUUUUCUCUAAUUUUUAUUAUUAAAGUAUUAUAAAAUAUUAUCAUGAACAGAGAUGGGCAGUGGACCCAAUCACUCACCAGGUUUUUAUCCGGGUUUUAACCCACUUCUGCCCAAAAUCGUCGGCAAAAACACAAUACGCAUAAAAUAAUACGAAAUUUGGUAUAAUUCCAUACCUAUUAUAAUGUGAAGAAAGAUCCAUUUAAUCAAAUACUUAAGAUAACAUUUAUCAGAUAUAGAAAUUACUGUAAUAAGCUUAUAAAAUCGAUUAAAAGAAAGUUUGAACAGGAAACAUUAGGUAAAUCUAUGAAUAACAAUAAAUUAUUAUGGAAGAACAUUAAAAACACGACUUACACGAAUAAUAAUAAAAAAGUAAACUCUGAAUUAAUUUACCUAAAAUCUUCUCCUUCUCCCUCAGCCAACUUUAUUAACGAGUAUUUUGCUAAUAUAAGUGAACAAUUGGCUCAACAUACACUACCUACCACACAUGAUCUAAAUACUUACCUAAAUAGUCUAUCUUCUCAACCGAACUCCUUUGUUUUACAACCUAAUGACACAUUGGAAGUUAGUGAUAUUAUUGCAAGCCUUAAGUCAGGCAGUGUGCCUGGGUGGGUAAUAUCCCGACCCCGUUUGUGAAACUAGCAAAAGAAGUUGUCCCCUGCAAGUCUUUGUUUUAGCAAUGGCAUAUUUCCAACCUUGCUCAAAGAGUCAAUCAUAACUCCUGUGUACAAGGGUGAGAAUAGAGCCGAAGUCAGCAAUUACAGACCCAUCUCAGUACUGCCAGUAUUCUGUAAAAUAUUCGAAAAACUAAUUAACAAAAGACUCAUUAAUUAUUUAGAUAAGUAUAACAUCCUGUCAGGAUGUUGAUUAAUACGAGCCCCAGUAUGUUAGCUACUCUAUGAUGUUAUCCAUUAAGUAGAAUAAACCAAAGAUAUGUUUAUACAUAUAAGUGAGAAAAAUCUUGAAAAGAUGUGCGUUGGUGUAAGAAUGUGAUCAAUGUUAUAACCAAACUAUAUUUGCCUAAUCUUCAAGGAAGUAAUACACAUAGAGUCAAUAAUACCUCCC